AUGCCCCAAGACCUGCAAAUCCUUCUUGCUGCCAUUUACUCCUCACAAAAUCGCUCGCCCCACGCAAUUGCCGUGCUUUUCUUUGUAUUUGCCCAUGCAGCACUGGUGGAUCUUGCUUUACCGGCUUACAACACAUUGGCCGAUGCCUUCUUCGACGCGGGACGGGUUGCCUUGGCACUUGAAUCCAUAUUUGAGGGUGCUGAUGUGCGCACAGCACAAGCGCUCGCGCUCGCCGGCCUCUACCACGCGACUGGCGGACCCCGAUAUAGCACCGACAGCUCGUGGACAAUGACAUCUAUGGCGAUGCUUAUAGCUAUGCGUUUGAAACUUCAUCGGGAAAACACACACCAGGAAUCAGAGUUAGAGUUUGGGGACAUGCGGAGAGCACUAUUCUGGGAGCUGUACUCUUUGGAUACCUAUCAGGCCUUGUCGUUUUCCCGGCCACUCAGCAUCUCCGCAAGUGAAGUUGAUUGUGAAUUCCCAAAGGACAAGGAAUCAAGUGUAUCGUCAGAUGGUCAAACUGUACCUGGUUUCUAUCAAACCAAAUGGCGAUUCACGAAAGAGAUUACAGCGCCAAUCGCAAUGACUUAUUCUAAAGCUUCAAGUCCAAAAUAUGAGCAAGUGAUGGAAAUGGACCGCAAGCUUCGUCGAUUCAUUGAAGUCACCCGCGAGACCAUGAUGCAUUAUGCGACCGAGGCUUCGCCAACACAACCUUCACAGUCCAACCGACCGCUUUAUUUUCGCACAUAUAUUCGAGUGAAUCUGAUUCCCAGAUUUUGCGGUAAUUUGCUGCUUUACAUUCAUCGGACUGCAUUUGUGCAGGCACUGAAGGACAACCCCGACAAUCCCCUUGACAGUCCAUUUGCCAGCUCGUUUCUUGCUGCUUAUCGCGGCGCGUUGAUGAUCGUCAAGUCUGAUUCGCUCAGCUUCGAGAUUUUUCCUGCCAGAUUUCACCGCUGGUGGGUUAUAUACAAGAGUCUUAGCAAUGCCGCAUUUAUUCUCGGGUCCAUUGCGUGUAAAGCACCAAAAAUGGACUUUGCAUCGACCGCACUGCGCUCCUUGGACCAGGCCCUGGCAAAUCUAGAGAUUGGAGCGAGACAGUCAUUUCUGGUCAAGGGUUUCUUGCCUUCUCUUCAACGACUGCGCAACACCGCUGCUCUUACCUUAGACAUGCAAGAUAGCGGACUACCGAGCCAGGCUCAUUUAGAUGUUGGGGAUCUGGCAGAUGAAAAUGAUUUCGAGCUGUUGGCAGGAUCUCGCGCUGUCCUUCGGCCCAGAACUGUUGUUGAGCCCGCCAAAUUGUCUUUAGUAACCGAGACAAUGCCCCAUAUCCACAACAACUUGGGCUGGAUGCAGCAGCCGCUGGACAUGCGUUUGCAUAGUCAUUUGAUACCGGAUCCCUACGUUCAACCAAACGUUGGUGGUCAGUUCGCGAGCGAUCCAGUGUCUCUGCUACCAGAGAUGAUGGUUCUAGACUGGAGCACAUUUCUCGAAACUUGA